CACUUCGGAGUUUCACUUGCUUGACCUACGCACAAAUUUAUUUGUACCUGCUUUUAAGUUUUACCGUUUACGGUUUUACCUUUUGGUUCAUUUGCAGCGACUUCCUACUAAAAAUAAAUCUACUGUAAUUGUAAAAUUAAUAAGUUGUGCUGUUUGCGGCACCAUUGUUAAAAUAAUUUUGUAAGUUGGAAGUUGCUAAGGGGCUUAGCGGAAUCCUGGCCUUCGCUGCUCCGGCGUGUCGAUGACGAUCUUCCUAAACUCCACCUCGAAUUAACAGUGCUUUUAAGUCUUUUUCGUGGAAGUUUUUAUUGUAUCAUUUACUCGUAUUGUAGCUGAUCAAAACAUUGACGGUAUUGUAGACCUUGCACAAAUUUCCGCCUGCAGUAAACCCGGAUGGCAACAGGCGAAGUUGCGGAUGUCGAACCCGAACUGAAGUCCCGCACGGGCGAUUAUCCUAAUCUGCCGUCCGGUGACGAACCGCGCAGCGCAUCGUUUCUCAUUCGAACUUAUGAGGAGCGCUACGGGCCUAAAAAGGCGGAACUGUCUCCAGAACGGGCAUGGAAUCGAAAACCAGGUGGAACCCAGUCGGUUCCCAGUUAUGGACUGCAUCAGUUCGCGGUCACGGCGGAAGAGCCGCUCAAACUGGACCAAUUAGCCGCUCAGGAUCUGCAGUCCAUCAUUGACUCGGUCAGCAACUUACCUGAAGCUCCUGCAAGUACUCCGGAACCGGAAUACAUGGUCACCACGCACACUGUUACCGAUUACGGGGAAGAGACGAUUUAUUCGGAGUGUUGUGUGUAUUCGCCGGAUGGCCACAAUACAUGCACGGUGGUCACUCGUCAUGUGACAUCGGGUGACCAUGAGAGUGACCAGGCAGUCCAUAAUCAGACGGUGGAAAAGCAUCUGAUCAGUUACGAAGAGAAAGAAGCAGUGGUGGAUGAUGUAAUCGGUCAUAUCGUGCGAGAAUCCGCUGGUGAUGCUCAGGAAGUAUUGCCAUGCGUGACCGGUAAAACCUCCAACAGCUCAAAUAUCAUGGGAAAGAGCUGUGGUGAUGCCGCUGGACAGGAAAAGGCGAUCGAAGUCACUGCAGUUGGCGGAAUUCCGAACACUGGGAGCAAGCCAUUUUCAGGAUCCGGCAAUUUCAAACCACAGCUGCAGGAGGUACAGUCCAAAGAAUCCGCCACAUUGAACGCAGCUAUUCCCAGUUUAGUGCUUCUUCCGGUCGAUCCCGAAGCCGAAGUGCUUGAUUGGUGGUGGUUGGUUUCGUCCACGGAACCGCAUACACGAAACCGUGUUAUUCUGCAUUUCGAGCCUGGAUUUCUGAAGAUUUCUUAUAAAUUUCUGAAUAUGCCACCAAUCAGAAUUCCGAUUAAUGAAGUUGUGGUGGAAAUUCCGAAGUCGCGUCGACUAUGGCGAAGAUUAUCGCAGCGACGGAUGUAUCUGCGCCAAGGAUUGGCGAAGCUGGAAUUGAUUGCUGCUUUAAAAUGCGAUCGGGACCGAUUUGUGUCGCGACUGGCUAAUGUUGCGCCGGAUGUCUCUCCCUUCCUGAAACAGUAGCAGCUUUGUGAAUAGUAAUGAAUGCGAUUGACGCAAAAGGGUUUGCUGCAAAUGUAAAGUGAUCUGCGACAUUUGCAAUGGUUUAACUGAACGGUUUAUUGGUGUUGGUACGUACACUCAACAAUUUAUGCGACUAGAUUUUCCCUAAUUCGGCGACCGAUUUACGGUUCGGCAGUUCGAUCGAGGAGGAUGGAAUGGUCACCGGUUCCCUGUGACCCUUCUGUCCUUAUACUUCGUUACCUGUUGGUGUUGUUAACAUUUCCUUGUCCAUAUAAUUCGUUACCUGUUGAUGUUGUUUGUUUGCAUGUUUUUGUAAAUGCUUGUAAAACGAGUCGAAUUGUACGACAAAAACUGUCAAGAAGCUUCAUGUUAGAAAGGAUUCGUUUCGGAACAAAACAGUUGCUGGAUUAAA